AUGGCUGACUUCAUCUCUCGGUCGCUCACCACUCGCCGGGCGAAGAAGCCCGAGAAGGUUUCGACUGGUCCUGCCCGCGCAUUCAGCAUGAAGAAGGCCUCCAACCCCGCCAUCAACCGCGUCCAGAUCUCUGGGCCGCUGAAUCUCAUUUCUACUACGAACAUGCUGUCCUACAACGCUCCUGAUAUUGCUGGAACUCGCCAGGUCUCGUCCGAAUCUCAUUCUACUUCGCACUCCGAGGAAUCGGACCGCAGCUCUACGUCGAGUGGCUCUCGCGGUGUCUCUACGGACGCAUCCUCCCUGGAAUCCCUUCCCACGUCGCCCGAGACCAACCACUUGACUGGAUUCUUCGAUUCCGCUCAGAAGGCUGCCCCCGAGAGGUCCCGCACGCCUCGAUCUGCUUCCAACUCGGUUUCGCACUCGAAAUCGUCGUCUCGCCCGAGUGUCGACCAGUCUUACAGGUCUCUAGAAUCGAAGCGCUCCUUGGAUUCGAAGAGAUCUUUCGACGCCGGUCCCGCGAAGCGCACCCUGGAGACCAAGAGGUCAAUCGACAGCAUUCGAGCAGCUCAGGAAGCCAGCCGGAGGGCUCAAGAAUCAAUCCCCGAUAUCCCGCAGCGGGCGCGCUCGCACAGCAAGGAGGCGCACGAGGUUCUGGCGCGCAAGAGAUCGAUUCGCGGUAUGGGUCCUCCCAGCAGCCUCCACGGCCGCAGCUCUUCACUUCAGGAGCAGCGUGCGUCCGUGGACAUGUUCAGCAGCACAGCUGGCACCGAGUCGAACCACCCCUUUGGGCGCGAGCUGGAGCAACUGAACGAAGUCGCCGAAGAGCUUGGAGGCGUGAUCCGCGAUGUCGAGAUGGACGAAGACGCAAGGUACAUGGUAGAGCGCGGGCUGCAGAAAUUCUGCGCUUCCGACUACCUCGCGGAAAUCGCGCCGUUCAUGACGGCAACAUACGCCAGGCGACCGAUGGCACCGACUCCGACGCUCAGCACCACCUGGAUUUAG